AUGCGCAAGUUCGACAGCGGCCAUCACAUCGCCGAUUUGCCCGCGAGCCCGACCCCUGCCACGCCCAUUGGAGUCCGCUUUCAAUAUAGCCCGCCUAUCCUCGUGGCCGAUGACACGGUAAUCUCUCCCGCCUGUAUCCCCGCCACGACUACAACCGCCACCACCGCCACCACCGCCGCCGGGCAUUUCGGUAGUAGCCGCGGCUGCUCCGCAGUAUGUAACACUACCGGCGGCGGCGAGCAUUCCACAACCACCCCCUUACCUACCACUAUUAUCCUACACUCAUCGCUACCGAAAUAUGCACAUCACUGCCCGCUUACUAUACCGCUGCACCCGCCCCCGCCGCGACAUCCACCUAUACCAGCUUCACCGGCUAUGACUCGACCGCAGCCUCCGCGGCGACCGCCAUGGCGAUUAUCCGAACAGUCACGCAAUCUUAGACGCUCCCGUUUGGUCUUUUUCUGUGGGCGGUUUACAGAUUUCAAGAUGCCGGAAAUAUUUUUGAAGCGCUAUAGCUAG